AGGAUGCCAGGUUCUUGGCCACGGCCGAGGAAGAAGCGAGGGCUAGGGCAUCGGGGAAAUUUGUAUUGCACACGACAAGGGAGGGCGAGGGGCAGGGGGAGGAGAAAGCGGCCGGGCAGGAAGAUUUCGACCGAGCCAAGUGGUUGAAGUACCUGGAGAAAAAGCGGCGUCGACUCUGCGUCUUGGCGGAAGGGCGGAGAUUGCUGAUAGAGGGCGCCGACUGCUUGGUUGUGGCCAGCCGGCACGAUCCUUCCGUUGUGGUCCCUCGCUUGCUCGCUUUCCUGGAGGACGGCGCGGCCUUCGCGGUCUACCAUGAGUAUCUCGAGCCUUUGGUGGCCUUAUACGCCUCCUUGAUGGAGGCCGGCAUGCUACGACUGCAGAUGCUGAGCACCUGGUGGCGCGAAUACCAGAUCUUGCCAGGCAGGUCGCACCCCCACAUGAGUAUGAGCAGUGACGGUGGGUACCUCUUGACUGGUAUUAAGGUCAGUCAAGGCGAGGCAGGGCAAAGGGAGGGAGGAGGGGAGGAGGAGAGGCAGG